AUGAAUGAGAAAAUAUAAAAUCCAGAAACAUAGCUAAGAUUAAAGUAUCUUUUAUUAUUGAUUAAAGGGCAUUUUAGCAUAAAAAAGGGAUUAAAAAGCUGCAUUUAAAGAUUCAGCAACAACUAAUUUUUAACUUAGUAUACCAUCCUUAACUUAUAAAAUCAUUAAUUACAAGUUAUGAUAUUAUUUAAAAAGGCCAAUAGUUGCACAUUUAAAAACUUCAAAAUAAAAGUUCCAUCUUUUAUUUUUUUGAUUUUAUAACAUAAUUAUGA